GCCGGGCCGGGCGGUGCGAGCGGCAGCCGCUGUUUUGCGGCUCCGGCUGAAGAUGGCGGCGGAGGGCGGAGGGAAGGAGCUGAACGAGAUCAAGUCGCAGUUCCGGACCCGGGAGGGAGCCUACAAGCUGCUGAGUCUGUCCGAGUACAGCCGCCCGAACCGGGUGCCCCUCAGCGCCACCCAGGGCACCAACCCAGUGCGGGUCUCCAUGGUGAAUGUGCGGGACCAGAGCGGCAGCGGGGACCGCAUCUGCUUCAAUGUGGGCCGCGAACUCUACCUCUACCUGUACCGGGGCCCCAGGAAGGCGGCAGACCUAAGUAAACCCAUUGACAAGCGUAUCUACAAAGGGACGCAGCCGACCUGCCAUGAUUUUAACCAGUUCACUGCCACGCCCGACAGUGUCUCACUUGUAGUCGGCUUCUCCGCAGGACAGGUCCAAUACCUGGAUCCAAUCAAAAAAGAAACCAGCAAGUUGUUCAAUGAAGAGAGAUUCAUCGACAAGACCAAGGUGACCUGCUUGAAGUGGAUGCCAGAGUCCGAGAGCCUCUUCCUGGUCGCCCACACCAGCGGCAACCUCUACCUCUACAAUGUGGAGCAUCCGUGUGGCACCACUGCACCCCACUACCAGCCGCUGAAACAGGGGCCUGGCUUCGCGGUCUACACCUGCAAGAGCAAGUCGAGCCGGAACCCUCUACUGAAGUGGUCGGUCGGCGAGGGCGCCCUCCACGAGUUCGCCUUCGCCCCUGAUGGCAAGCACGUGGCAUGUGCCAGCCAAGACGGCAGCCUGCGGGUCUUCCACUUUGACUCGAUGGAGCUGUACGGCGCGAUGAAGAGCUACUUUGGGGGGCUGCUGUGCGUGUGCUGGAGCCCGGACGGCAGGUACAUCGUGACGGGGGGCGAGGACGACCUGGUGACGGUCUGGUCCUUCUGGGACUGCCGGGUGAUCGCCCGGGGUCACGGUCACAAGUCCUGGGUCAGCGUGGUGGCCUUUGACCCUUACACAAGCAGCGUUGACGACGGAGAGCAGCCCGAGUUCAGCGGCAGCGACGAGGACAUCCAGGAGCACACCCCCUUUGGCCGCAAUCGGACCAACAGCACUUUAUCCAGACUCUCCAAGCACAACUCGACGGACGGACGGGCAACGAACGUGACCUACCGGUUCGGCUCCGUGGGGCAGGACACUCAGUUCUGCCUGUGGGAUUUGACGGAAGACAUUCUGUUCCCCCAUCAGCCCCUCUCGCGAGCUCGGACACACACAAACGUGGUGAACACAGCCGUCCCUGGCUCCCUGAGCUGCGGAAGCCACACUGGUGGCCUCGCGCUGGAGGCCAACGUGGCCAACUCCAUCCCGCACUCUCUGUCCCGGUCAAACAGUCUUCCGCACCCGGCCGUUACGAACACCAACAGCAAGGCCCACACGACGGACGGGGGCGUCCCAUUCAGCAUCAGCAAGUUUGCAACACUGACGCUCCACGAGCGCAAAGAUAAAAGCGCGGAGAAGGACCACAAACGGAACCACAGCAUCGGGCACGUCAUCAGCAAGAGCACCGACAAGCUCAACUUGGUCACGAGAAACAAACUUGACUCUGCAAAGACUUUGGGGACGACUUUGUGUCCCCGCAUGGACGAGGUGCCCUUGCUGGAGCCUCUGGUCUGUAAAAAGAUCGCGCACGAGAGACUAACGGUGUUGAUAUUCCUGGAGGACUGCAUAGUCACUGCUUGCCAAGAAGGCUUCAUUUGCACAUGGGCACGGCCAGGUAAAGUGGUAAUGCUCCUGUGACGUACCCAGGGACAUUUGACUACUUUUAAGGUGCCACGGUCUGCUGUCGGCACAGAAUCAGGCUAAUUCGCCAAGCGGGACCGUGGUGUAGCUAGAGUCUGAUGCAAAAGUACUUUCUGCUGCGUGGGCACAGCCAGUAUAUCGGCACUCGCCCGUCGUUUGUCGGAGCUGCUGAUGCACUGAUGCUCCCGGUUCUGGGAUAAGGAAUCCCCAAACUGCAGCCGUCACUGGGGGAAGAAAACUCCUUUAUUUAUUAAUAGUUUGAAACUAAAUCCCUUGGCGGAGCUUGAACCUCAAAUCACUUCUAAUUUAUGUAACUGUACAGUCUAAAUGUAACCCAGCGAGCAAUGUGGGGAGCUUUAUCAGUGUCUUACUACAGAUAGAUUAUUAUAUAUUGUGUACAUAGACAAAGGAACUAAUUAAGGACAGGGCAAUCAGUGUAAUUCUCAUCACAGUAUCAGGUACAAGCAAAGAGCAAUACAAAUCUCAUGAGCGUCAGAAAUAGGAUUGGGUCAAAAACAGGUCCCAAUUUUUGGAAAUGUUCAUCUCCAAUCUGAUGCGGAAAGAGGAAUUGAGGCCUUGACCGAACAAUACGUCUGCUGUUGUUUGCAGAGCGGGCCAACGGAGCAUUGAUGGUCGCCAUUUUUUUUUAUUUGCACUUAAUUGAGUUGUUCUACCGGAAACUGAGCUGGGAUGCACUACAUUUGGUGGCAUUAGCUCUGGCCAUAAAUAUUGUCUCUGCUGUGAUUUGCAAAUGAUAACAAAUGACUGGUUUCUCCUUUAUUAAAAUAUUUAAAAUAUGUUUC